AUGCAGCUUAGUUUCUCCAACAUCAUUCUCGGCGUCAUGCCAGCCCUGGCUCUCCUCCCCGGCGUCGAAGCUCAAUCCGCCCGCUCAAUGGGCUUCAUCGGCUGCUCUAUGGCCGAGAACGUCGCCCAGGGCUACGUCGCCGUCGGCGGCACCCGCAUGUGGGGACCAUACGGCACCGGCGGCGCCGUCAACGGCAAGCCCUCCGCUGUGUGGGUGCAGAUUUGCAUCUUCUCGCAGAACGGCGCCACCUACGACGAGGUCAAGAAGCUCAUCGCCAACGCGCGCCAGCACGCCGCGCCCGGGGCGGAGAUCUUCAUCACGGGCCAACCGAUGUACGACGCUGGGCAGACGUGCUUCCUUGCGGGACAGGGAGGCCCGGAGUUGACUGAUAAUCUUGCCAAGAGGGCUAGUGAGGAUGCGUCGCUGAAUGCCACAUACGGAGGGACGUUCCGCCUGCACAAUGGAGAAGUUGCGGACGGAUGUCAUGCGAAUACCGUGGGACAGCAGUCUUUGGGACGCCAGGCUAUUGGGUUCUGGGGUUGA